AUGAACGAACUACUCGGAAAACCCGAAGACUCGAAACAGAGUGGCCGCGUCAGAGAAAAAUUCGAAGAGGCAGAAGUCAUAGAAAAAGUCAAAGAAGCAGAAGUCGAAGAAAAAGUAGAAGAGGCAGAAGCCAUUGAAAAAGUCGAAGAAGUAGAACUCGAAGAAAAAGUCAUAGAAGCAGAAGCCACAGAAACAUUAGAAGAACUAGAAGUCGAAGAAAAAGUCGUAAAGGCAGAAGUCAUAGAAAAAGUCAAAGGAGAAGUUGAAGAAAAAGCCGAAGAGGUAGAAGUCAUUGAAAAAGUCGAAGAGGCAGAAGCCAUCGAAAAGGUCGAAGUAGAAGUUGAAGAAAAAGUCGAAGUGGCAGAAGCCAUAGAAAAAGUCGAAGAAGCAGAAGUCGAAGAAAAAGUCAAAGAGGCAGAAGUCAUAGAAAAAGUCGAAGAAAAAGUCGAAGAGGCAGAAGCCAUAGAAAAAGUCGAAGAAGUAGAAGUCAAAGAAAAAGUCGAAUAGGCAGAAGCCAUAGAAAAAGUCGAAGUAGAAGUUGUAGAAAAAGUCAAAGUAUUGUAAUAAUGUAAAUUAUGUGAAAAAUAAUGCGUUUUUCGAACCACCAAGCAUGAGAACAUGCCCAAAACAAAAUCAAGACUUUGAAAAAGAGCAUAAUAGGACCCCAUUAAGGUCCAUACACUGCUGACCUUUUUGUACUGUGCAUGCAUUAGCAAAUUUCUGAAGUCUGCUGCUUUCUUUUGACUUGAAGUUGUUAAAGGUGAAGUUAAAAAAAUCAUCUGUAAAUCAUUUCUGGUCACACAGAUUUUAUCUGCAUGUUUAUAUCAUUGCAAAAUGUAAGCUAUUAUCGCACAGUUCUCUAUAUGAAGUUAUAUAUUAUGGAUAUAUAGAGAUAAAUAUUUUAAUCAGUUGGAUAUAUUUUAUAUCCAACUAAUCCAGAUAAUGCAUUAUAUCAUAUUUCAUCACAAAAUGUAACUAUAUUAUCACCCAGCCAUCUGACAUCCAUAUAAAGCCUCAUUUUCAUCUGCAAUGUCUUCUUUU